GAGAUGGCUCUACGGCUUCCGAUCACGCACCGCGGGGACGUGUGGGGCAUCGCGGUGUCGCUGUGCGAGCUGUACUGCGGCCGCUUCGUCUGGCACUGCGAGGCAGACACCGCCGAGGUUGUCCUCGCGCAGGCGCUCGGGAUCUGCGGCCUGCGCGAGGGCGUGCCCUCUUCGCUGCUGCGCAAGAGUCCGCUCGACAUCCGCGUGCUCUACACGCCAGCCCCGCGGCACCUGCCGCUUCGCCGAACCCCGCUGGGGCAGCUGGAGGCCCUGCAGCCCAGGCGCUGGGGUCUCGAGCAGGUGCUGGGGGAAGACUGGCGCGACGGCGAAAAGGCAGCCUUCGGGGAGCUGUUGCAGGCCGCGCUGGUGAUGGACCCAGCGCACAGGCCCUCCGCCAGAGAGCUGCUGGAGAAAUGCAGGUUCGUUACGAAGGAGGAGAUUCGUUGCUGCGGGACAGCGAGCACACCGUGAUUCACAACGGAUUGCGGCUUCGGGAACGGCAGCCUACAAUCAUUUGCGGCGGGGUUGCGUCCUCGGGGUCGCGAGCCAUGAGUAAGUAGCCACGAACACGGCUACGUACAGGACAGGCCUUGUGACCAUCCGAGAUUUGGAGAACCUAACAUUUUCAGGAGAGCGCAGCAUUUCCGUGAAUUUGAGUGUGUGGGGGACAUUGGAGAGUUUUCUAACAUUCUGUUUUGAGGGCUCCAAGUGUUCAGCCUUUGCACGGUGGUGGACGCCUUCCACACCGACAUGCAUAUACAGGUGGGGUCGUGCCAAUGCUGGAUCAAACGCGUAAUGCCCACGAUUGCGCAGAAAGGAAAUUGUCUCUUUCAGGGCGUUCCCUUGUUUAUGGAUGUCGUCUGUGUCUCUCGCUCCCCACUUUCUUUACCUGCCACAUGCGCCCGGUGUUCAUAUUCUUGACACCGUGCGGGAUGGAAAGACGAGGAGAUGCUGAGCAAUAGGAGGAGCCAUGAUCGCCUCUCGCUCAUUGCAGGGUCGGAGAGGGACGCAAGACAGCGGUCAGACUAGCAACUGCCUGACGGCGCCAAAUCUGUACGGUGCGGCAGAUGUCCUCCCUUAGGCCAGCGCCCACGAACCGCUCGAGCCAGACCGAUGAGGACCAGGUCCUGGCUUGUGAAGAUAGCGCUCUUAGGGGCGAGCGGGAGCCGAAACAGUCCGAGGUGGGGGCAGAGUUUGGGAAUUCUUUUGGUUCCAGGUGCUGCGUUACCCCAGCUCUAUCACGAAGUCAGGGGUUCCAUGUGGACCAGACGAGUGCGAGACUUGGGCGGUCUGUUGCUCUUUCAGCGCGUGUGUGCUGCCGCUUCGCUCGCUGGGGUUCGUUGUUGCCGAGGCCGGCGGAGUUCGUUCCGAGCGCUGUGCCAUGAGGUAGUACUGUAGGAGCAAUUUGGCAUAUGGGAGGGCGAUCGUGGCCCUGGAUAUAGAAACUGUGCGAGUUUUUGUCGACAGGGCAUAUCUGGGAUAAUCUGGAAGUUCGGGUUAGUUCUCGGAGCCCUCAUUCAGCCGUAUUUUUACAAAUAUGUUUCCACUGUUGCACUACACGGCGCAUGCCGUGGGUGACCGAGUAACCUUCAGUUGUUUGCGGACGCGCGUGGGCGCGCGCGUCACUCUUCGAGCGGCCUUUUCACCCCCCUUCAGAUGGAAGGGUCGCCUCAGCCUGGGCAGGAAGGCUUUUAAGCAUUUCGAGCAGGGUCGCUCCCCCGCUCGAUGUACAUUGACGUUUCACUUGAUGACUUUGUUGGCCCCGCUGCCUUCUGGGGCGGCACAGAGAGGUCGCGUACCUUUGCCGCACGACCUUUGCCUUACCUGGAGCGUACUAUAGCGUGCCAUCUGUAGCUUUGGGAGUGACUGCAGGGGCAAUCGAAUUGUGUUGCUGACAGCGGAAAAUAUGUGUUGCAUGUUCCAACGUAGCAAAU